UACACCGCUGCGAGCGGAAGCGUGAGCGCGUGUUUAAGUUUGGUUUUUUCUUCUUCUUUUAACGCCACAUUAACAAGUUCAGUUUAUGAGUAGUUAGAUACUACCCUUACUUCUCGAGCAACACAGCUGAACCACCAUGAACAGCGAGGAGCAUUUAUCGAGGCCCAGGAAGACGGUCCUGCACCCUCUGUCCAACAGGACCCUGUACCACCCCUCCUUCCUGCCCCUGUACAGGGCCGCAGGUCUCCCACGCCACAGUCAAGAAAACGCUCAAACAGGAGCUCACCCCACCACGCCUGCAGAGUUCUUCUACACUGACCCCACCAUGUGCUGUGGCAGGAGAAUCCCUAAUAGACUCAGUGGGUUAAAGGUAUUUGAUUGCUUGCAGCUCAACACGCCACGACCCAUCAUGUCCGCCUGCCUGGCCCCACCAAACCGCCCAGACCCAUUCAGAUCAGGACCACACCCCACUAGAGAUCUGGGUAGCCCCACUUGGAGAACACAAACCAUUCACCCUCAGGUGCAGCCAAGGCGGGUUGUCCUCCAGCUUACCCAGGAGGAGGACCAGGCCGUUACUAACCUGCUGAAACUGCACCAUCAAAUGGACGACUCAAACCUCAGUCUAUUCCUCAGUCAUCCUUGCGCUAAGGAUGCUGAGGAGGGGUACAAACCUGCUCGUGGUGCACUGAUGGAGGGAACGGUUUGGUCAGAUGCAGAGCUUGAAGUCGCUGACACUCUCUCGAGUCAAUUAAAAAUAAAUUAUGUUGACUUGUUGAAGGCCCAAAACCGAAAUGAAACAGCAAAAACUCCUCCUGGUCCUCUGCUAUGCCCAGGCCCUCAAACACACCAGGAACCUGAAGCCUUACUUGCAUUAGGAAGUAACGCCUUUCCCCUGAAGACAUCCCCAGUGAUCAAGAGCAAAGUGAGUGUCUUUGAAGGGUUUAUGGAAGCAAAGGAACAGAGGCUCUCAGAUUUGGAGGGGGAUGCCGUGGACGUGCUCCUGAGCCUCAUGGAUGUUGAUAUCGUACAGUGACUGUGCUAAUAUUUCUGUUCUCGACUUUUGU